AUGUCCCGAACGUCAAGCGAUAAUAUUGAAACUACCUCAGUCGAUUCGUAUGUAUCUGCCACAGAUAUUACCAGCAGCAACCAAUCGUUGCGCACCGUCAAACAAAAGUCGCCUAUCGAAGAAGUUCAAAAUAAAUUUUUCAAUAUGGUAAAGUCUUGUGACGUUUCGUCUGUAAACAGUAUGCUCAGCGAUCACAAAGACCUGGAUAUCAACUGCAAGAAUUAUCAUGGCAUGACGGGUUUGAACUUGGCCAUCGAGGGUAACUGCGAGCCGAUUAUAGAUAUGUUGUUGGCGCGUCCCGGACUAGAUAUCGGCGACUCGUUGAUGUACGCUAUCCAGAAUAACCGAUAUUCCAUUGUCGUCAAAUUCCUUGACAUGUUACAAGAGACCAACCCGGAGAAGGCGUUUGUCGGCUACGAACACUCCGCGGUGUACCCUCAAUACCUGACGCCACUUAUGUUGGCCGCCCAGUGCGGACUGUUCAGAAUUAUUAGCUUACUACUUAAACGGGGGCACACCAUAGCCAUACCGCACAAGCCCACGUGUGUGUGCAAAGAGGUGUGCAAAUCGCUAGCUCAACUUAACAACGGACUGGGAGCGGCCGAGACGAAGCUGUCCGUCUUUCGAGCAAUCUCUAAUCCAGCGUACAUAUCGCUGACAUCCGACGAUCCGAUAUUAACGUCGUUCCAUCUUAGCCGGAUGCUCCGGGAUCACGGUGACGUAGACAGGAUAUUCAAGUCGGACUACCAAAUACUGGACCUGCAUACUAGGUUGUUCGCGGUCAACCUGAUAGGGCUGUGUCGGUCGUCAGCCGAAGUGGAGUUGAUACUGUCUAAUCAGGAGGGUUGCACUUUCUUCGGUACGUUCCCGUAUCAUCGGUUAGUGCUGGCCAUGGAUUUGAAACAAAAAGAGUUCGUAGCACACGCGUACGUCCAACAGACGCUGGAGAAGGCGUGGGCCGGUGACUGGUACGAAUGGAAGCGCUUGGGACCGUUAUACAAGAGUUAUAUCGUGCUGCCUCGGAUAGUACUGCUACCUUAUAUUAUGCUGCUCUAUUUGCUGGGGCCGUACACGAAACGCGGCCAACACUACGCGUUGCCUGUCAACCGGAUGCUCAAUUAUUUGGCCUCGUACGUCGUGUUUCUUGUGUUACUCACGUACGCCAACAACCUAGACAAGACGCAGGCGAAUCAAAACUCCAUGUAUAUCGUCGCGCUCAAGUGGGCGCUUUUUGUGUAUUUCAUAUCGUUCGUGGCGCGUAUCUUCAGAUUGGUGUGUGUACAAGGGCCCAAACGGUAUUUCCGCAUGCUGUGGAACGUGUACGAUUGCGUCAAGCUCGCCGUUUUUGCGGUAACGUUUGUCUGCUGGGGCCUGUCGUACGUCAACAGUGGCAAGGCCGCAGUCGACGACAACUCGAUUACUACGGUUGACCCGAAUGACCGCCGUUAUUGGCACUGGACCAACCCUGUGUUGAUCGCCGAGGGCAUGUUGGCUAUUGCCACAGUCAUGUCGUAUCUGCGAUUAUUGUUUCUGUGUCAGCUCAGUUAUGCGCUGGGCCCAAUGCAGGUUUCGCUGGGCAAAAUGACCACCGACUUCUCGCGGUUCGCCAUACUGUUCGGUAUUAUUAUACUGGCUUUCACCGCAGGCCUGUGCCGGCUUUACCAGUACUACGACGGAAUGACACAGGUCAAUCCCGUCAACGGUCGUGAGAUAACACAAGACGAUUCAUUCGUCAGCGUGUACUCGACGCUGAAGACACUGUUCUGGGGUAUAUUUUGCAUGACGUCGUCCACGGCCGGGUCGGUUAUCAUCGAGAACAACGGCGCGAACGACAUGACAGCAGCACUCGAGGAAAUGCCGGAGGUCAACAACCACUAUGUCACGCAAGCGGUGGGCACGUUGUUGUACGCGAUAUUCGAAACGCUGUCGGUGAUAAUCAUGCUGAACAUGCUAAUCGCCACCAUGACCAACACGUUCCAGAGGGUCACGGGUAACUCGUACAUCGAAUGGGUGUUCGGUCGCACCCAAGUUUUCCUAUCGUUUUCCGUGCACACCGAUCUUCCACCACCGCUGAAUCUGAUUCCGUCGCUGCGUUGUUUCGUGGAUACGUUCAGUUGUCUGUGCAAGUGCUGCAAGGCGGGCGCCAAGGGCUUCAUGAACAUGGUAACGUCCAAAGCUAACCAGAAGAAAGGGAAUUCUGAAGACCUAUACAAAAAUCUCAUGAGCAAACUGCUAAAAAGAUAUUUUCGAAACAAAUUAACAGAAAACGUAGUCAGAAAAUGUAGUCCAUUGUACAGUUAA